AUGAGUGAGGUAUUCUGCGACCGGGCCGCUCGUUGGUUUUUGAGCAGUGGACUGAGGGAUGUGCCAUGGUCGGUAUUUAGGAGGGGUUUCUUAGAGUUCUUUCUACCACCACGCUACUUCGAGAGGCUAGAGGACGAAAUCCGAUCCCGCCGGCAGCGUGUGGGGGAAGAGUUUAAGGAAUACCUCAUAGAGCUGAGGGCUUUGAUGCAUCAUGCCACAUAUGAGCCGGCACAGGAGCUGCACCGUAUAUAUGAGAAUGCUGCCCCCGAAUACAGGCUUUACGUACGACGGCAAGAUUUCUCCACCUUAUCCCAGCUGACUCUGCUCGCCGUGGAGUACGAAACGGUGAUGAGACAGAGAGCGGAAUACUCCGGAAGCAGAGUGGAGAACAUGCAGGCGCGCAUUCGUCUGGCAGAUGGAUCCACGCUCGAAGUAGGGAAGGCAUUGAGGUUAGACGUCGGCCUAGCGGGGAAGGUGGUCAGCAUGUUGAUGCUUAUCAUGCCCUCAAUGCUGGACCACGUCAUCCUAGGGAUGGAUUUCUUGGGCGCGAUGGGCACUACAAUCCGCUGCGGCAUUGCAAAGCUGGACCUAGAGACGGUGACGGCACCGAUCGUGGGGCCAGGAACGAGAGAAGAGCCGAAAGAGGGUCUCACGCGUCAAGAGGCGGGAGCACCUGCUCGGCUACAGGGAGAGAAUACCAAGAGGGAACCGAAGGAAGGCCUCCCAGGUCAUGGAAAUGGAGCACCUGCUCGGCAACCGAUGGAAAAGAACUUGAGGAAGGAGCCGAAUGAAGGCCUCCCAUGUCAUGGAAGGGGAGCACCUGGGGGCGGCACGGCGGAAAUGUGCCAGAGGACGGAGGGACUAGGAGCAAUAGUUAGGAUCCACCCAGACACAGGGGAUCAGGAGCGACUGCCAGAAUGGAACGAUCAUGAAGCUCCAUCUGUAGUCGGAGUGAUGCCCGGGAUAGACGAGGCACAGGGCGAGUACAGCACCGAAGAGGCAGAGUGGCCAGCGGAUCUGGAUCCGGAACUUAGGGAGUUCCUGGAUCAAAAAGAAGACUGGCGAGUGGCGCAUGUGCAUCGGCAACUCAACGCGCAUUCCAUCCCAGAUGCUUAUCCUGUUCCCAGGAUUAAUCACAUCCUUGAGCGGUUGCGUCACGACCGGUUCAUCUCCACUCUGGAUUUGAAGCACGGGUACUGGCAGAUACCGAUGGCAGCCGAUAGUCGGGAGUGUACGGCGUUCACAGUCCCCGGAAGAGGUAUUUUCCAAUGGCGGGUGAUGCCAUUUGGUCUACACUCGGCGUGUGCGACCUUUCAGCGAGCAUUGGAUACAGUAAUAGGACCGGAAAUGGAGCCUAAUGCGUUUGCCUACUUAGACGACAUCGUGGUGAUAGGGGCAACGAAGGAGCAACAUGUAAACACGAUAUGCAGACCGGUGUUCCGCCGGUUAAGAGCGGCCAAUCUCAAACUGAAUAGGAAGAAGUGCAGUUUCUUCCGGGAGAGGUUGGUCUACCUAGGACAUGUCAUUUGUGGGGAAGGAAUACGUACCGAUCCAGAGAGGGUGGAGGCGAUACGUAAUCUGAGGGCCCCGACAAAUUGCAAGGAACUGCGGCAGUGUCUCGGGAUGGCGUCAUGGUACAGGCGCUUCGUUCCUAACUUCGCGACUCAAGUACAACCGCUCACAGCGCUCUUAAAGAAGGGGCAGAAAUGGGCAUGGGAGCAAGCACAGGAAGAGGCAUUGCGUCAAUUGAAGGAUAGCUUGACGACUGCCCCUGUGUUGGCUUGUCCAGACUUUUCCGCCAAAUUCGUCUUGCAGACUGACGCGAGUGAGUAUGGCCUCGGCGCAGAGCUGACACAGACAAUUGAGGGACAGGAGCGGGUGAUCGCUUACGCGAGCCGGAAGUUACUAAAAGCUGAGGUGAACUAUUCCGCCACCGAGAAGGAGUGUUUAGCAAUCGUAUGGUCGAUCCGGAAGUUGCGUUGCUACCUAGAAGGGUACCGAUUCGACGUAGUAACGGACCAUCUAGCACUCAAGUGGCUCAAUUCGAUCGAGAGCCCGUCAGGAAGGAUUGCGCGAUGGGCAUUGGAACUGCAGCAAUUCCAAUUUCACGUUCACUACCGACGAGGGAAGCUCAACGUCGUGGCCGACGCACUAUCAAGACAUCCUCUAAAGACCUGUCAGCAAGCAGUGGCGGCCGAGUCACCGUUUAAAUGGGUCGCGAGUAUGCGUGCCAGGAUCGCCGAAGAGCCAGCCAAGUUCCCGGAUUACACCCAAGAAAACGGACAGUUAUAUAGGCAUUUGGGCCAUCGGAAAGACGACGAGGACUACAUCCCCUGGAAACUAUGCGUGGCCAGUAGUCAACAUUUGUAUUCGAAUUUAACCGCCGGCCAUCGCAGCAACCGUGCGUUGCUGAUCGGUUGCUCAACACCGCCUUCGAGAGCGCAGCUUCGAUUCGGCGGCAAAGAGCGAAAGCUCCGAAGCGAAGUUGCGAAAGCUCGCGGCGAAGUUGAGUAA